CGGCGAGGAGCGGCGUCGCGGUGCGGCUGAAGCCCCUCAGCGCGGCUCCUGACGGUCGGGACGGAGCGGCCCUCCGCAGCAGCCUCCUUUCGGCUCGAACCCCCCCUCUGAGGGAGGAGAUUCCUCGCCGCGGCCGAGCAGGAGAAGCGAGAGGCGGGCGGGCGGCGCAGCGCGAUGAGGCUGUGACGCCUCCCGGGAGGGCAAAAGAAGCCGGGGGGGGGAGGAGGGCGGAAAGUGAGGAGAAAAGGACGACUCCGAACCGAGGCGGUCUCUGAGGGGAGGCGGGGGUCACCCUCUCCUCGGGCCCCUCGACGGGGAAGUCGGCGGGGGAGAGCUUGUCGCCCGUUGCUGGGCAGACAUGAGGCCCUGAGCCUCUUCCCUCCCCCCCCCGGGGCUCUUUUCCACCCCUCCCCCCCCCGCGAGGACCCCCCCCUCCUUCAGCCAGGCUCUCCGCUCCCUUCAGACGUGGGUGGGUGCUCGUCGUGGCGGUCUGGACACGGGGGUUGGGUUGGUGGGGAGGAUGUUUUCCUGCUGUUGUUGCCGCUGCUGGGAUUAAGCCGUGACUCGGCCGGGGACGGCGUUGUUUUUUCUCCGGGAAGCUUGCGCCCACCCCCCUCGCCUUUGAUGACGAGCCGCCGCUCUUGCUAGACGGCCCCGUUUUAUUAAAACAACAACCAAAAAAAAAAAAAAGAAAGGAUGGUUUAGGCUAGACGCGAGUCAGGGGACUACUCGGAGGAGGAGGAGGAGGAGGAGAGGGAGGUCGGCGCCUGGGAGGCCUCCUCCCGGCGGGCGGGCGGUAGAACAGGUAAAACGCCAUGGACGCCAGGCUGGGGUGACACUGCCCCGAAGGCUCUGGGGCUUUGGGAGCCUUUGAUUUGGGGUGUGUGUGUGAGUGCGAGUGCAAAAGGGGAGGGGGUUAGCUUUUGUUGUCUUAAGCUUUUGCCCCGGCAGGUUUAUAAAUAGAUCGGUUCAGAGACGCCGUGUCAAAGGAGGACACCUUGGCAAGGAAGGCACGCAAGUUCCACCCAGAGAGAGACGGACGGACAGACAAACUGCCUUUAGCUUCUCCCUCUCCAUCCAACUGCUGCUGCCACCACACAAUGAAUGCCAGGAGGAGGAGGAGGAGGAGGCCUGGACGCUACCGAUUUUUGUAAGCCGUCAAAGGGGAGAAAAGGCUGGAUUUCCCUCCCCCCUCCCUUCUUUUGGGGACUCCGAUCUCCCCAGGGAAGAGCAAGAAAACAGGAGGAAUCUGGUGGUGAGAAGCCACGUCGGGACGGAAGGAAGAAAAACAGCUGGGGAAGCCGAAGGACUCUGUCGCUCUCUCUCUCUCUCUUUUUUUGGCUGGGACCCGAGAAGGGGAAGAAAAGAUUGGCGUGAAAAUGAAGCCGGAUCGAGACAUCUGGAUCUUCGAGAUACUGACACUGUAGCCUCUGUGCUGCCAAGGCACCUUCUGUCCCACCUCGAUUCCAGUAUGGUUUAUAGUGGAAGCAAAGGACUGAUCAGAGAAGACACCUUAGAUGAAUACUUUGAAUACGAAGCCGAGGAAUUCCUUGUCAACUUGGCCUUGUUGAUUACUGAAGGCAGAACACCUGAAUACUCAAUUAAGGGCAGGACUGAAGGCUUCCAUUGCCCUCCAGCACAGUCAAGUCAACCAACAACAACUAAACAUGAAUGCAGUGACCGAUUGGCCCAGUGCUGUCAAGCUAGGCAUACCCGAUCUGAAGUUACAUUGCUGUGGAAGAAAAAUAUUCCCAUUAUGAUAGAAGUGAUGCUACUUCCAGACUGUUGCUAUAGCGAUGAAGGACCCACGACUGAAGGGAAUGACUUAAAUGAUCCUGCAAUCAAGCAAGAUGCACUGUUGUUGGAAAGAUGGAUUUUAGAGCCAGUUCCACGGCAAAGUGGUGAUCGAUUUAUUGAAGAGAAGACCCUCUUAUUGGCUGUCCGCUCUUUUGUGUUCUUUUCUCAGUUAAGUGCUUGGCUGAGUGUGUCACACGGAGCUGUGCCUCGUAAUAUUCUUUGCAGAGUGAGUGCCGCCCAUGUGGAUCUGCAGUGGACAUUUUCCCAGACACCAACAGAACACCUUUUCCCCGUCCCCAAUAUUUCUCACAAUGUGGCCUUGAAAGUCAGUGUCCAAUCUUUGCCCAGACAAUCGAACUAUCCAGUUCUGACCUGCAGCAUUCAUGCCAACUUUGGCUUCUAUGGAAGCAGAAGAGAAGAGACGAACGUACACCAGCGCUGUGAUUCCGUUAAGACCGAACAACCCAGCGUGGCCAACUCGCAACGUCCCUGUGGCAAACUGAUGUGGGCUGAAAGCGUGCUUGGCGUAAAGCAAGGCCCCGAGUUUAACACCGCUGUCAGAAACCUGAAACUUUAUCCCUUAGCUGGUCUUGGAUCUGACUUUGGAUCGUUAGAAUCGAAAGUUCAGGGCUACCCAGCUGCUGUGGAGAGCAGGGCACUGUUGCCAGAAAUGCCUGAGAGAGUUUUGAAAUCAUCUGGCUUGGCUGAUACCCGUGGUCAGAACAGCAACCCUUCCCGCCAGUCAUUGGGAGAUUCGAUUCCUUUGAUAGGCUCUUUACUCCAAGAGCGCCAUGAAGUUAUAGCAAGGAUAGCCCAGCAUCUCAUUCACUGUGAUCCAGCAACAUCCCCUGUCACGAGGAAGGCUUUUAGCACCAGUGAAACCGGUGUGGCAAACCCCAAGGGUCUACAUCAUGCCCUUGAAGAGAAAAGCUUGCUGAAGAAAGGGAGGGAAUUGCCCUCUGUUGCUGCUAACCUGGAACACAACGCUUCAGAAAACGUUGGAAAAGUCCAGCUAAUACCAGAAACACCCUUGUCUCGCUCCUACGUCCCCCUGAACCAGUGUUUCCGCCAGAUGAGAGAGGAAACCAACCCUCUCAUAAGCUCUUUGCUUCACGAGAGGCAGGAGGUUAUCACCAGGAUUGCCCAACAUUUGAUUCAUUGUGAUCCACCACGAUCACAAGGUGCGCCUCCUGUGUUCACUUUUCAUGACGUCAGUGCAGUUAAUCCGAAGGCUUUUCACACUUCCUGUGAAGAGGGCAGCCUGCUGAAGAAAAGCAAGGACGUCCCUUCCGAUUCCUUCUCUAAUUCUCGAUUGGCUUUACCAGCAGAUGACCCCAAGACGAAACUUAACACGCCAAUAACUCCACUGCAUUCACUUAGAUGUGACGCAGACCACAAUGUAUCUCCCAGCUUUAGAAGAAAACUGCUGCUAGCAGAGACCAAUGAAGUAGUCCAAAACACAUUUCAUCAGUCUCCUUCUAGUAGAAGUCAAAGUCCUCUAACUUGCACCACCCAAUCAUGUAACAAAGAAGGUUAUAAAUCGGAACUGACAGAAAAAUUGGAGUCUGUGCUUUCUGGUUGUCCCCAUAAACCUCAAGUAGCAAAGAGAGGCACCGCCAAGCCGUGUUCACAUUUCAGAUGUAAUAAUGAACUGGUUUGUAGAAGUAAAUUUAAGGACAGAACGAUCUCUUGUGAAAAUAGCGACCCACACUUUUCAAAUAAUCCCCAGGUGGAUCAGCACCGAAUACUUGAAAACGUUAAAGCGACUACAGUGCUAGCAUCCGACUGCUGGCACAAAUAUGAGUCCAGGCACUUAAAUAAAGACUCCAAACAACUAAAUGUUUCUGAACAAAACUCUCAGCUCACUAGCAUUGAAAACUAUUUACAUAAAGACCAUGAUGUUUUCAAAUGCAAAAGUAAACAAGACAGGGUGAAAAAUGCCAACGAUGAGAACGAAGAGCCCACCGACUAUGAGGUACAGAAGCAUUGUCAGAAGAAGCCUGUAGAAGAUUCCUUGGCUGCUUUUUUUGAACAAAGGAAGAAUGCAGAGGUGCUGAAAACAAUACCACUCAAACACGUGUGGCGCAAAAGUAAUUUUCACCACUUGGAUGGGACUUCUGCCAAGGCCUUCCACCCCCGAACUGGAUUACCUCUCCUUUCAAGUCCAGUUCCUGAAAGAAAAACACAGACAGGAUGCUUUGAUCUUGAUGCAUCAUUAUUGCGUCUGAAAUGUUUGUCCUCCAAAAGUCCACAACGAUAUAUAAGCAAAGAGAACGAUUCUGACAUCGAUGAGAAAGCACUCCUAAGUUCCAGUACACCAUCUGUUACAAGUCUUAGCCUUCUUGGAAACUUUGAGGAAUCUGUACUGAACUAUCGCUUAGAUCCACUGGGUAUUGUAGGCGGCUUCACAGCUGAAGUGGGAGCAAGUGGACUUUUCUGUCCAACUCACAUGACUCUUCCCGUUGAAGUUUCUUUUUACAGUGUUUCUGAGGACAACGCACCCUCUCCGUAUAUGGGUGUAAUCGCUUUAGAGUCCCUUGGUAAAAGGGGUUAUCGGGUACCUCCUUCAGGAACAAUACAAGUGACCUUAUUUAAUCCUAACAAGACUGUGGUGAAGAUGUUUGUGGUGAUCUAUGACUUACGAGAGAUGCCUGCCAAUCACCAGACAUUCCUGCGGCAAAGAACUUUUUCUGUCCCCGUGAAGCGAGAAACAAGAAAAAGCAUUAUUCAACAAAAUACUCGACAUACUGAAGAGAGACUAUUACGCUACCUCAUUCAUCUGAGGUUCCAGAGUUCCAAGUCUGGAAAGAUCUACCUCUACAGAGAUGUAAGACUUCUGUUUUCACGAAAAUCUAUGGAAGUGGACAGUGGCGCUGCAUAUGAACUCAAAUCUUACACUGAAUCUCCAAUGAAUCCGCAGUUUUCACCCCGGUGUUAGCAAAACACAACCGUGAAACUUAUUUCCUCAAUGGCCAGAUUAUUAUUCAAGACAAAACAAUAAAAUAUCCUGUGCAAAACCUGAAUCACGGAGGUAGUGAGAAGGAUGGUCAGAUGGGAGUCAAAAUCUCUUGGACCAGUUCAGAAAAGUUUUUAGAAUGAGCUUUGUGUAUUCUGAAUAGACUGGAAAACACUUAGUCGUAACCUUUUUUAUACUCGUUUUAAACCACUUCAUUGGAUGUGUUGCAAUAGCAGAGUCCCAAAUUAGUUUAGUGUUUACACCUUAUUUUAUUUUUAUUUUGGGGUUAUUUAAUAUUUAACGUUCCUUUCACUUAAGUGAUGUUUGUCUUUACUGUUCUAAUGUAGCACAAAUCCGAUGUAAAAUCAUACUACGUAUUUUUGACAUUAAUAUUGAAAUCUUGAAAUAUAUACAGAACCUUUACUUUGA